AUGUCCAUUGUGAACACUGAUCUGGACGGAAUCCUACCUUUAAUCGCCAAAGGAAAGGUUAGAGACAUUUAUGCAGUCGAUGAGAACAACUUGCUGUUCGUCGCAACUGACCGUAUCUCCGCUUACGAUGUGAUUAUGACAAACGGUAUUCCUGAUAAGGGAAAGAUUUUGACUCAGCUCUCAGUUUUCUGGUUUGAUUUUUUGGCACCCUACAUAAAGAAUCAUUUGGUUGCUUCUAAUGACAAGGAAGUCUUUGCUUUACUACCAUCAAAACUGUCUGAAGAAAAAUACAAAUCUCAAUUAGAGGGACGAUCCUUGAUAGUAAAAAAGCACAGACUGAUACCUUUGGAAGCCAUUGUCAGAGGUUACAUCACUGGAAGUGCAUGGAAAGAGUACAAGAACUCAAAAACUGUCCAUGGAGUCAAGGUUGAAAACGAGAACCUUCAAGAGAGCGACGCCUUUCCAACUCCGAUUUUCACACCUUCAACGAAAGCUGAACAGGGUGAACACGAUGAAAACAUCUCUAUUGAACAAGCUGCUGAGAUUGUAGGUAAAGACAUUUGUGAGAAGGUCGCUGUCAAGGCGGUCGAGUUGUAUUCUGCUGCAAAAAACCUCGCCCUUUUGAAGGGGAUCAUUAUUGCUGAUACGAAAUUCGAAUUUGGACUGGACGAAAACAAUGAAUUGGUACUAGUAGAUGAAGUUUUAACUCCAGAUUCUUCUAGAUUUUGGAAUCAAAAGACUUACCAAGUGGGUAAAUCGCAAGAGAGUUACGAUAAGCAGUUUCUCAGAGAUUGGUUGACGGCCAACGGAUUGAAUGGCAAAGAGGGCGUAGCCAUGGAUGCAGAAAUUGCUAUCAAGAGUAAAGAAAAGUAUAUUGAAGCUUAUGAAGCAAUUACUGGCAAGAAAUGGGCUUGA